UCUAAAGCUAGAAGGGACGUGUGCAGUCAUGUAGGCGAGUGUGUGAGAGUGCGUGAGGGUGUGUGUGUGUGUGUGUCAUAAGCCCAGCACCGCAGAGUGAAGCAGCACUGAGGCGCAUCUGAGAAACAGCGCUGCUGAGAUUGUGGUUAAAAAGGGAGCUGGCAGGCGAGAGCAGGCGGCGUUUCAGCAGUGAAAACAACGGGCGUCUUGGUGAGAUUUUAUUUUUCUCCCGCAUGCCUGCCGAAUGAUACCGCAAGAGAAAUCACUCACAGAUACGAGACUGAAGCCUCGUAACCGGAGCAAAGCCGCCGCCGCCGUCUGUCUGCGCGCCGUGUUAGCGGGCUAGCCUAGCCUGCUCCAUCCGCUACCGAACAAAGAAGGAAGAAAAAUAUCACAUUUCAGCCGCUUUGCUGGUCCAAAAGCUCCGCGUACAGAUCUGACCAGAAACCUGACAUGAUGUUUCCACAAUCCAGGCACUCGGCUUCAUCACAGCAGCUGAAGUUCACGACGUCAGACUCCUGCGACCGUAUUAAAGAUGAGUUCCAGUUCCUCCAAGCACAAUAUCACAGUUUGAAGCUAGAAUGUGACAAACUGGCCAGUGAGAAGUCAGAGAUGCAGCGUCAUUAUAUCAUGUACUACGAGAUGUCCUACGGACUGAAUAUUGAAAUGCACAAGCAAGCAGAGAUUGUGAAGAGAUUAAAUGCAAUCUGCGCUCAAGUCCUGCCUUACCUGUCUCAAGAGCACCAGCAGCAGGUCCUGGGAGCUAUAGAGAGAGCCAAGCAGGUCACACCACCAGAGAUGAACUCCAUUAUCCGGCAGCAACUUCAAGCACACCAGCUCUCCCAGCUGCAGGGACUAGCCCUGCCCGUGACCCCUCUCCCCCUGGGCCUGAGUCAGCCGAGCGGCCUGCCCAUCGUCACUUCCAGCUCUGCCCUGUUCUCCCUCUCCAGCAUCCUGGCAUCACAGGCCCAGCUCGCCAAGGAGGACAAGAGCGCCAGAGACGCCUCGGACAGCCACCGCGACGAGGACGCCGACAAGUCCGACUAGACGCCUCUCCUCCGCUGUGACCUCAUCCUCCAGUGCUCGCUUACAGCACAAACGCAUCGUUUCUCUUUCUUUGUCCUCAUAGCUGUAAAUUGCUAUCGUGAUCUUGAUGAUCUGUUCUUGAUCAUUCCACUAGCUUUAUAUUCAGCAGUUCAAAUUUUCUUUUAUAUAUUUUUAUUUUAUAUUUAGUUAUUUUUCUGGCAUUUCUCUCAGAGUGUAUAUGUAUAUAUCUCUAUGUAAUACAUAUUCCAUAUUCUGCUUCGUCUCAGCAUGGCCAUCCAGCUCCACUGAGGCACCACCAGUGUUUCUUUGAGCACAGUUUUAUCUCCCUCUACUUUUGCUUUCUCCUGAAGAGAUUUCUUUUAUCUUUUACCUUUGAAGGAGCACAUUUAACGCUGACAGAAUGAAGAGAAUAAGGAAAGGAACGUGAUGAAGGUCAGCAGUAGUACGUGAAAUGUUCAAGGCAUGCUAUAUUUUAGGCAGCAUUUUCGAUUGGGUGUAGUUUAACUCUAUAAAUAGCAGUUAAAAAUACUAGCAGCGAGUUAUGAUAAAGUGACUUAUUGACCUUUUAAAGGAAUAUUUUACCCAAAAACAUGUUUAGUCCAUCAUUUGGUUCCCAUGGGAUUGACAGUGACAGUUCGCUAGCCUGUUAAUAAAACUAAAAGAUAAAUUCAUAGUGGAAGUCUCGCAUCCAAAACCUUGUGCAUAAACAUGCACGUUCAUAUAUUCUCUCCAAACAACAUUGCAAAGCUUUGUGGUCCCCUUUAAAUUAACUUUAAAUUUUUUUUAUGGAAGGAUAGUCCAUAUUUACAGUCUAGUUAUCACUACACUUUGGUCUACUGUGUGUCUGUGAAUGAGUUCAUGCUAGAUUUUAGUUUUUAAAUGUUAUAAGAAGACACACAUUAUCUUACCAGUAGUGCUGGCUCUCAAGCAAGUUAUCGUUUCUAUGGUAACAAUCUGCACAGGGACUUACCGUGGUGGACACUUCAUGUAAUCUAAACCUAAUUUGAAAACUAAUGUAUAAUUAGUAAUUUGUUGAAGCGUUUUGUUUAACAUUUAUGGAAUGAGUUUUCGGCAUUAUUGACUAAUAACCACUACUACUUUUACUGAAAUUUCUUUCUAUGAUUUUGCGGGUAAAAUAUUUGGUUAUCUAUUAUAUUUACAGUGCAUAUUUUGGGGGGUAAAAGAGAUCGAAUGAAAUUUUUUAAGUUUUGUACAUCUAUUUGCUUAAAAUAUUCCUUUAAAUUGUUAAGGUUGUUAAUCAGAGGUCACUGCGGUGCACCCCAGAGAGAUUGUAGAUUACUGAUGACAUUCGCUGAACUGAAAAUGACCUACAGAGUGUCUGGCCCCUGUUUUUCUAUAUACUAUAUAUUCCUGUUUAAUGUGUGUGGAUUCUGAAAGUGGCUUUGUUUUUUCUGACUCUCUUAGACAGAGCGUUUAGCAUCAUUAAUCAGAACAGCUAACCCUCUCACCAAGUGACGGGGCAAACUGUUUAAAAAAAUCUUUAUUAUACUUUAUUCAUCAUAAAUCUCUUUUUUAUGGUAUUAUCUAUUAGUCAAUUUGGUAAUUAAAAAAAAUUGUGUUCGAUUGUGUUGUUUUUCCUAGAAAUAGGUGAAGAAAUAAUGUGGUGGAAAAAUCGUAUAUGAGAAACGAGAAGCACUUUCUCUCAGCAGAUUUCCCCUGUUAGAUGCAUGCAAACUGUAAAUAAUUAAAAGAAAAGAAAAAAGAGAGCGAAAGAAAGAAAGGUGCUAAAGCACAUGAUGUACGAGGCCCGAGGAUCCUCGUAUCCCCCGAAAUAAAACAGAGCACAUUGUGUUUUCUUUAAGAAAACCGACUACCAUUUUUUUUUUAUAAGUUCUCUGGAGAUCCUGAGUGAGGCUUUAAUUUUUUUCAUUUCUAGAUCUGAUACUCACUGCUUUCUGUUGUGCCUUUUGUCCAGGAUGAAAUUUCUUCUUUCCAUCAAUAGGGGGCAGUAAGCUUUUAGCAUGUUCUGUUACUGUGACGAGCUCAGACUCCCCCCCCCCCCCCUAACCUUUACACAAAAGUCCCUUUUUUGCAGAAUGAGAUUAACAAUGCAUCUAAAUGAAAUGCACACUUAUUCAAUCAGCUCUAAGUGAGCUGCCUUUUAAUCAAACAAAACAAUAUUUAUGUAUUAAUUCAAUUUAUUCGACUGAUAACCUCCAUUGGAUUUUUUUGGUAUUAGAUUCUACCACACAAAAAAAAACUUUUAAUUGAGGACUGAAAAUAAAUCUUCAUUUCGCUUACAGUGCACAACUGUUCGUGAACUGCUCGUAUAUGUUUGUUGCAGUGGCAGUACAAAUGUAUACUUUUUUUAUGAUGCAGACAUCUUCGGUAGAUCUCGUGCAAGUUUGCUUUUAAUUUUAUGUCUAUUAGUUCUGCCAGUAGAAAUAUUUGUUGUGAGCAUGAGUGUGCUUUGGACUCACUCUAAAUAUCUGUACAAAUGGCUAAAGUUUUAUCUGCGUCUGCCAACAACACCUCGAAAUAAUUUCUGUUCUCAACCCAUUAACGUUGUUUUAUUCUUUAGACUAACUGUUCAAGCGUAUUGAAAUGGUUUUGGUGAUUUGGUUUUGGACACGGUGCCAUUUUGCCGUUUAUAUCCUCAUGAGACCUUGUGUGUUGUACAAGGACAUCGGUUUCUUUUUACAAAUGAAUUUCUCCUUGCUCAUAAAAAAGCUAGUCAGUAAUAAAGAGGAAUGAAAAAGCACAAUGGUCUCAAGAGGAUAUAACUGCAGUGACAAAAUGAAGCAAAACAUAAAAUGUACAAUUAAUGGAAUCUAGCUGAUAUUGUGUGUACCGACUUGCUUACUCAUGUACUUUAUUUCUUGUUUUGUUUUUUCUUUUGUAAAAUGCCACGCCCCUGAGUGGAUGUGUAGUCAGACAGUUGUUGAGAUUUCCUCUUCUGGCUUGGUGUAUGUCUCACAGGUGGUCAGGGAAAGCAGACAUGCCCUGUUGUACAUGGAACUAGAGCUUUAUGUGUCUAAAGACCUGUUUGUAUUUCUGAUCUUGAGUGUUUUUGACCCCCCUAUAAGCUCCUCCCACAUUUCCUUUCCGAAUCAGUGAUUGCCCUUUGCUUCAUCAUUUUGCCUUUAUUUCCAUAACAUGUUGCAUUUUGUGCUUUAUAAAAAUGUUUACCUCUUAUUUUCUGAUUAUAGUACAAUCUAAAGUGCAAAAAUAACAGUGUUCUACAAUAGCCUGAGGAUGAAAUAAUAACAAACACACACAAAGUAACUUUUACUUUAUAUAAAAUGGAUAUUUCUGCAGUAAGGAAAUGCUGCUGGUGCCUUACAAAUAAAAUCAGAUCAGUGGAGGAAA